AUGUGCCUCAGCGACGCCUGUGCAGCCAUCAGUCGGCAUGUGUCAGCAUAUUGCCUCGCGCAGGUCACCACCCCCAGAUUGAGAGCCAAAGAAGCAUCGGACACCUGGCGACAAGCUUCAAGUGCCUCAAUCGCAGCCGCCAUCCUCGUGGGAGCCAGCUUCGCCAGAGCAGUGUCCACGGAACGGGUGGCCUCGUUGUCCAUGACAGCCCACCGCAAACCUACCAAGAAAGGGCGAAAGAUCUGCGUGAUUGAGUGUGUGGAACAGAGGCAGAUGGUGAAGGACGGUGUUCCCGGUGCCGGUGGACCUCGUGGAGGCGUGAGCCGGUACUAUACGGAGAAGAACGUCCGCAACACGCCAGAGCUCCUUAAGCUCCGCAAGUUCAACAAGUACCUGGGCCGCCACACCCUCCACGUGGAGCUGAAAUGA